AUGUCCCUCCCUUGGAAACGCCUCAUCCGCUUCAUCGCAACAGACGGGCGAACGCUGCGGGGCGAACCAAUCCUGCCGACACCAACGACAGACUUAGGCUUCAUUACAGAAAAAGACAAGCUACAAGCCAUGGUAAUUGAAGGAGAGGAUGUCUUCGACACUACAGGAAAGACCCGCGUCACGGAUGAGAUUGUGACCGUGCAGACGAUCCUGGGGCCGUUGACACAGCAUGAGGUCCCUAUACUACGAUGUGUCGGGUUGAAUUAUGCAAAGCAUAGUGAUCAAAGAAGCUGGCCGAACACCACCCCCUUCCCAUCCAUAUUCUUCAAACCCAACACCACAGUCCACGACCACGGCAAACCAGUCGAAAUCCCCAAACUCGCCCAAGAUGAACAAGCUGACUACGAGGGCGAACUAUGUUUGAUCAUCGGCGAGCCGGCCAAAAACGUCCCCAUCGCUUCCGCUCUCUCCCACGUCGCAGCUUACACAGUCGGUAACGACAUAUCCUCUCGUAAACUCCAACGCGACCCCGCCCUGGCAGGCCGCGUUCCGCAAUGGGGAUUCUCGAAGGGGUUCGAUACCUACGCACCAUUGGGACCGUGUCUCGUUGCAGCCAGCGAGAUUGUGGAUCCAAGUACGUUGUCUUUGAAAACGGUUGUUGAUGGGGAGGUUCGACAGGAGGAAAGCGUGAGUGAUUUGUUGUUUGAUUGUGCGUAUUUGGUUUCCUAUCUUUCGCAAGGGACGACUCUGCAAAGAGGGUGUGUUAUUAUGACGGGAACCCCUGGUGGUGUUGGUGCUGGACUUGAACCGCCGAAGUAUCUUGUGCCGGGGACUCAGAUGGAUGUGUCGAUUUCGGGCAUUGGGACUCUGAGAAAUGGUGUUGUUUUCGAGUGA